AUGCUGCAGUACCCGCUCCCGCCCCCACCGCCGUACUACCCCGAUGGAGGAAGGGCAGCAGCGGCGGCGGCGGCGUCGCAGCAACCCCCGCCGUUCCCCGAACACCGGCGCGACCCACCGCUGACGUUCGAAGAGCUCCCGCCGUCCAUCCUGCUCAACAUCGUGCACUUCACCUUCCCGCAGUCGCCGGACGUGAACGAAGGCCGGCUCGAGCGGCAGCGCAAGACGCUCUACUGGCUCUCCACCUCCCUCCGGCUCGUCAACCGGGCGCUCUACGUCGCGUGCAUGCACGUCCUGCGCUCGACCUACCUCCCCGCCUACAACUCGCUCAUCCGGCCGCCGUGCACGUCCGACCCCUUCCCGCUCGGCGCGCUCCAGCGCGAGACGACGGUGCUCGACCUCUUCAUCGCGCUCAAGGUCCGCGAGGACGUCUGGGCGGACGACACCGAGCUCCACCUCGAGCGCGAAGAGAGCUUCAAGGACCUGUUCGACAUGAUGCAGCCCCGCGCCAGGCUCGAGGACCUCGUCCGCCAGUACGGCGUCAAAGCCGGCGUCGUCGCCCUCCCCGGAAGGGCCGGGGCGGCGGCGGCGGCGGCGGCGAUCGCCCCGAUCCCGUUCGCCGCGCUGUCGAUCUCGUUCUCGCCGAGGAACGUCGGCCUGCUGCUCUACUCUGGAGGGCGGAAACGGACGAUCGUGGAGGUGCCCCGCGUGAAGGGCGAGAAGCUCGAGCUGAGCGCGAAGAAGAUCGUGGAGCAGCUCGCGCUGUGGCUCGAGUCGGAAUCGGUGCGCUGA